UUUAGCGCCUCCAAAUGAAAAGAUAAUGGGAAAGUCUAAAGAAGGAGUAACUAUUGGACCUUUUAAAUUUGUGGCCAAUCAAAAACAACAUAUAUUUUCAAAUAACUGAAGUAAAUUUGACACUAAUUAAUGUGCUUAUCUUCAGGGUUAAUUGUGUAACCAAUUAGGAAUAUUUAAAUUAGCUGAAUAUGAACACAAGAAGGGAACACAAAGUGUUAAAAGCAAAAAGCAAAAAGACUGAUGAUGACGAUGAAUGUAACGAUGAAAGUAAACAUGGUUUAAGCAAAUUAAACGAUAACUACGGAUCAUUCCGACAUGUGAUUAAACAAGAUAUUAAUGGCAUAAAAACAGUUGUUCUAAGGCUUCAAGGGCUACUGCAUAAUUUUGAAUCCUCAAAUCCUUUAGAUAAAGAAUUCACAUCUCUGGUGAAAACAAGUGAUAAUACUACGAAUAAAUUAAGCAACAAUGAAUUUGGUAAAAAAGAAGUCGAUCUUAUACAAGAAAAUAUUGAUCUAAAACGUAAAGUGACGCUAUUGGAACAACAACUGGAAGAAAAAAAUAGAACCAUUAAACUUCUCCAGCAACAAAUGGUCAGACCUGAAGCAUCUGGUCGUCGUACAUAUGGACACAAGAAACAGUUACAUUGAAUCAAAUUGCAUAUAAUAAAACCUAAAGUAAAUAUUUCUCAGUUUAUUAAAGUUAACUAGCUAAUUGAUUUUCUGAUCAUCUCUUAAUCAUCAUCUUUCGAAUCAUUUU